AUGCUAUCGCCUCGCGAAGCUGGAAAUGUCAUCGAUGGGCUCUGCACCUUUGCACUGCAAGAUGGUGACGUUUACUCCGACCAGCUGAUAGAUCCAGCGAAGAAAUGGCAGUGGGUGUUCAGCCGUCUGAGUCUGGAGGACCCAUGGAACAAAGACGACGUAACUCGGCGUCUGAUGGCUAGGGGGCUGUUUGAACAGAACCAAACUCGUGCUCUCAACUCCGUCCGUGUUCUACUAUGUAUGGACAGAACUUCAUCACCGACUCGUAUGUUUCAAGUCAUCAAACAGAUCCCGACAAUCAUUGACUUGCUUCUGGAUUGCAUGACUAUCGAGUUCCCUCGUGUCUUUCCAAAAAGCACACCAAGCUCACUAGCAUCCGAGGCUUUAUGCGCUUUGUUUGCGUGGUCACCGGACGCCGUCCCUGGAGUAUCACCAUCGACGGAGAAAGUCCUUGCUGCGGGUGACAUAAAAGCAUUGAACCAGUCAAUGCAGUUUCUCACUUCGCAGGACAAGUGGGUAGAUAGGCUUGUACAGGCGUGGACGGACUCCGAAGAAUGGAGUGAGGACUCUGGAAACGUCAGACGUAGCCUCGCUACUACGAAAUCCCUCUACGGCUCUAGCGAGCCACCGACAAAGGAGGAGGCAGUUGCGAACAUCCGCGACGGGCUCGGCCGUUCUCGCAUAUCAAUCCUUCGCCUCAUUACCACGCUGACGCAUUGCGCUGACGCUGCUGGUGUCAAAAACGUCGAUAUCUAUCCCUUACUUGCCGUGUCAUACCGGGCUAGCUUCAAGAUUGGCGCAAAAGAGCAUCAUCGUACGCAAGAUCUUUGA